CCUGGAUCUCUGAUUGGUUCAGAGCUCUCAUCCGGGUACUGCGCUAGAACGAGCCCAUCAGCUAAAGGUACCAAUAUGGCGGAGGCUUCCCUAGGGAGUUCAAGUCCAGUUGGCUCUUUAUCGUCAGAGGACCAUGACUUUGAUCCAACAGCAGAAAUGUUAGUUCAUGAGUAUGAUGACGAGAGGACUCUGGAGGAGGAAGAGUCUCAGGAGGGAGGGAGGAAUUUCAGCUCAGAGAUUGCAGAUCUUGAAAAGGAGGGGAACAUGCCUUUGGAGGAACUGUUGGCUAUCUAUCGCUAUGAGGCCUCUGCGGGCUCCAGUAUAGACAGCUCGUCUGGAGACCUCACUGAUGAGCUGCCUGACAUGACUCUAGAUAAGGAGGAAAUAGCUAAAGACCUGCUGUCCGGGGACUAUGAGGAGGAGACCCAGUCCUCAGCUGACGAUUUGACCCCCUCGGUCACCUCCCAUGAGGCGACCGAUUUCUUCCCAAGAACACUCAGAUCCAAUGCAAUCUUUGAUGGUGAUAAAGAGUCAGAGUGUGAUGAAGAUGGCCCAAGUCCAGAGGACUCCAGAAAGGAAAUAAUGGUGGGAGCCCAGUUCCAAGCAGAGGUUCCUUCUGGCCUCUGUCACUACAAAGAUGGAGAGAAAGUUUAUGAGGAUGAAGACGAGUUAUUGUGGAGGCCAGGUAUAUUGGCAGAAAACAAGGUUAGGACUUUCCUGUCAGACGUUUUGUCACGGACGUCAGAUGAAAAGAUGGGAUGUGACAAACCAUGGAUGCAUGUUCGAGAUAAUGAGCAGGCUUUGUUUGAGCUUGUCAAGGUCAACUACAACACUCGCGAAGCACUAGAGAGACACUGCAGCCGUGUAAAGUCCUCAAAAGAAAAAUCACCUCCAUGGUCAGAAGAGGAAUGCAAAAACUUUGAGCACGCACUACAGAUGUAUGACAAGAACUUUCACCUUAUACAGAAACACAAAGUCGCAACACGAACCGUAGCUGAAUGUGUGGCGUUUUACUACAUGUGGAAGAAGUCGGAGCGCUUUGACUUCUUUGUGCAGCAGAAUCGGUUUGGGAAGAAAAAGUACAGCAGCUAUCCCGGCGUCACAGACCUGAUGGACCGGCUGGUGGACGAGGCGGAGGGUCUGGCCGUGGACAGUUCCUCCUCGGUGUGUUCAGGAGCCGGAGGAGGAAGGAUGGAGAGUACCACCGACCAGCAGCUCAGCCUCCUCAACUCCAUCACCGCCAGCGACCUCACAGCGUUGAGCAACACUGUAGCCACAGUGUGUAACCCAGCGGAGGUGGGCUGCAUGGACUCCUACAGCUUCCCUCCACUGGAGAGUCUCCAUCGAGGGUCCCUCAACCACGGCGAAUCCCUCGGGUUCCCUUCCAACGGUGCAGACCCAGACUGCCUCAACAUGCUGGACGCCGGCUUCUACCACUCGGACUGCGAGCGGCCCUCCAAGAGACUCAAGAUGGCCCUGCCUGACUCCUUUAUCAAUGACGUGUCUGUGGGUAACCUUGGGGUGGACUUCGAGACGCGGCGGACAACGACGCACCACCAUCGAAUCACCGGCGCGAAAAUGGCAGUGUCCGUCACAGACUUUGGGAGCUUGGCUGGGAGCGGCGAGCCCAACGGCUUUCUGGGAGCACACGCACGGCACCACACACAGCACAGCGCAGCACUUCAGUCAGAGUGAUCUUCAUCCCUUGUUCUUCCCUUUUGAAACCCCUUAUCCCGCUUGUACAUAAGACUGACCUCACUGGGGGAUCUGAUUUGUUUAAAUUUUAUUAUAUAUAUCUAUAUAUCUAUAUAUAUAUGUAUAUGAAUAUACUUUUUGUUUUCAUUUUUUGUGUAAUAUGACAUCAGUGAUGUCUUAUCAUAUAGAACUAAAAUCUUGAUUUCUCUCAAGAGUUUAUAUAGCCAUUUAUUUUAUUCUGUUUUUGCGGUCUUGAGAUGUAACGUCCAUGUACAGUGGGGCCCAGAGGCUGCAGUAGGAGAGCUGUGAUUCUUCCUUCCUCACAUCUUCAGAGCUACAGUAUGUUAUCCUGCCAUUCUUUACAGCUGCCAAAAACGGCUCAGUAUUUAGUUGCUUGUCUUUGCUGUUUGAAGUGGUACUUUUUUGUGUGUGUUUGGUUUACAGGUACAUUUAGGUAACCAGGCUGGUGCAAAUGGUUGUAUUUGCCCCCAUAUAAACCUGGCUAGAUAUUGUAUGAAGAGCAACACUAGCAUGGAGAUUGGCUUGAGAGCAGGACGGUGGUGGCAUCAGCUGCUCAGGCCUCCCAGAAUGUUUGUUUGUUUUUCUUUUCUCCUGUGGAAGCCUGUCUGCAGUUGGUCUGCUUGUUUACUUUGAAACUGUUUAAAGUGGCCAAACUGGAACAUGUGCAUGUUUGCAAAAGUUUUAAACAAUAUGUAUAUUUCCAUUUAGUGAAACCUAAUCCUUAGACCUUUAUUCAUUUCCAAUUCCAAGCUGAUGGAGAAUUCCUGUGCAGAGGAACAUAUUGGCACCUUGUUCUGCAGUUGGAUAUCAAGUUAUUUUUGUAAUCCUGCUUCUUCGUAGGAGUGUAACAUUCAAUCAAUUAAACCAUGAUUGCAAUGCAAAGAUAUUAGUUAAUAUCAUUUAAAGGUGGAUAUCAUCAGGCACUGUAAUGUGUGUAUUUAUUACCAUAUACUUUAACUUUUUUGUGAGAUUUUGUUAAUCCUUUAAUUCAUGCUAGCUAUUCUUAGGCAACUGUACAUGUUUUAGUUGCAGAAAAACAUGUUAGAUCUGCUCCUAAAUCAAGUAAUGCCAUUUCAGACCACUGAGCAAGCGUG